CAAAAACAAGUCUGUAUAUAUAAGUUAAAUUCCUCUCAAAAAGAGUACAAAACAAAUUUACACCGUCACUUACCGAAGGGAAUACUUAGUCAACGUUUGCAUUGAUUUUCGAUUGCAACAAUCCCAUGAAGAGGAAGAUUAAGUGAAGACUCAUUUAAUAAGAUUCUCUCUCUCUAUUCGAGCAGUUAAUUAAUUAGUCUAUAUCCCCACCUUCUUUGACCAUCUAUUCAUUUCAUCUCUCUUAAAUCUUUUAUAUCACUUUCAUAUAUCCCUUUUCUUCUAUCUUUCUCUAUCUUAGUUUGAGAUUAAUUUUUGCUAGUAGCCAUGAUUAAUGGGAAAGACAUAUAUGAUGUUCUUGCUGCAAUUAUACCAUUAUAUGUUGCUAUGAUCUUAGCUUAUGGCUCAGUCCGUUGGUGGAAAAUCUUCACACCAGAUCAAUGCUCUGGAAUUAAUCGAUUCGUGGCGGUUUUCGCCGUUCCAUUGCUUGGUUUUCACUUCAUUUCUACCAAUGAUCCUUAUGCUAUGAACUACCAUUUCAUUGCUGCUGAUUCACUUCAAAAAGUUGUGAUUCUUAGCGCACUUUUCGUAUGGCAAGCCGUGACCAAAAAUGGUAGUUUAGAAUGGAUGAUCACUCUUUUUUCCUUGUCAACUUUACCAAAUACUUUAGUUAUGGGAAUUCCAUUGCUUAAAGCUAUGUAUGGUGAUUUCUCAGGGAAUCUUAUGGUUCAAAUUGUGGUUAUGCAAAGUGUAAUUUGGUAUACACUUAUGCUUUUUAUGUUUGAGUAUAGAGGUGCUAAGUUAUUAAUUGGUGAACAAUUUCCUGAAACAGCUGCUUCUAUAACUUCAUUUCGUGUUGAAUCAGAUGUUGUUUCACUUAAUGGUCGUGAACCAUUACAAGCUGAUGCUGAAAUAGGAGAUGAUGGGAAAUUGCAUGUUAUUGUUAGAAGAUCUUCUGCUUCUUCUAUUAUUUCAUCAUAUAACAAGUCACAUUUACAGUCAAAUAAUAUGACUCCAAGAGCUUCCAAUUUAACUGGUGUUGAGAUUUAUUCUGUUCAAUCGUCUCGAGGUCCGACCCCGAGGGCAUCUAGUUUUAAUCAGACUGAUUUUUAUGCUAUGUUUGCUAGUAAAACAGCAAGUCCAAAACAUGGUUAUACAAAUAGUUUUGGUGGAGAUGUGUUUUCUUUGCAAUCAUCUAAAGGGCCAACUCCAAGAACCUCAAAUUUUGAAGAGGAUAUGUUGAAGAACAAGAAGACUAGGGGAGGUAGGAGUAUGAGCGGGGAGCUAUUCAAUAGUGCUAGUACUGCUUCUGCUAAUGGAAUAGGAGCACCACCUUUAUAUCCACCACCAAAUCCAAUGUUUUCAGGGCAAAGGAAAAAGGAAGUGGGAAGUGGGAGUGGAGUGCCAGUGCCAGUGCCGAUGCCGAAUAAUAACAAUAACAACAAUAAUAACAAUAAUAAAGAGCUUCAUAUGUUUGUUUGGAGUUCAAGUGCAUCUCCUACAUCUGAAGGUAAUCAUAGAAAUGCAGUUAACAAAUCUGGUUCAACUGAACUUGGGAUUCUUGAUGCAUCUAAGGCUGUUCUUCAACAAGAGAUAGCUGCAGCAAGAGAGAAUGCAAGUCCAGUUGGGAAAUCAAUUGGAGAUAAAGAAAUAGAGAUUGAGGAAGGUUCCAAGUAUUCAGGAAAUGGCUCUCCUUUCCCAGGGCAGAAGAAAAUGGACAUGGAAUUAGAAGGAGAGAAGAAACAACAGAUGCCUCCUGCUAGUGUUAUGACAAGGCUUAUACUUAUUAUGGUGUGGAGGAAAUUGAUAAGAAAUCCAAACACAUAUUCAAGUUUGUUAGGUCUCAUUUGGUCUCUGGUCUCAUUCAGAUGGAAUAUUCAAAUGCCUUCCAUAGUGAAAGGAUCAAUCUCAAUUCUAUCAGAUGCUGGUCUUGGAAUGGCUAUGUUCAGUCUAGGUUUGUUCAUGGCUUUACAACCAAAGAUCAUAGCCUGUGGGAAAUCUGUUGCCACAUUUUCAAUGGCAGUAAGGUUCUUAACAGGACCUGCAGUCAUUGCAGCUACAUCAAUCGCUAUUGGCCUUCGCGGUGUAUUACUACAUGUUGCCAUUGUUCAGGCUGCUCUUCCCCAAGGCAUUGUUCCCUUUGUGUUUGCAAAAGAAUACAACGUCCACCCUGAUAUCCUUAGCACUGCGGUUAUAUUUGGAAUGCUAGUUGCCUUGCCCAUUACAAUACUCUAUUACGUGCUUCUUGGGCUUUAAGUUUUUGGUGAAGACAUGGGGAACAGAGACAGAUAAGUUCAAUGAAUCCAAGAAAUAAUUAAGCCACUGGAUUCAGGGAAGAAAGACAACAGGAAACUACUAUAUGUUCCCCUGCAUGUGACUAUUGGGACUUCCUUCUUAUACAAAAACUGCAUUAAUUUAUUUUAAUUCUUUUUUUCAUUUUUUAGUUGUAAUUUAAUUAAUUGCUGUUACCAUAGUUAGCUUAGGAAGAGGAACUGGCCAAUAGUAGAAUUAUUGAUGUAUUAUUACUUUUAUUUACUAAUAUCAAAGUUUUAGUUUAGAUUUAAACAUU